UCUCGCAGGGGGGCCGGGAGGACAUCCGGGCCGGCCUGCCGCCUCCCCCCUCCGGCCCACCCGGGCCCUCGCAGGGCCCCGAGCGGCGGGCGGGCAGGGCGCUCUCGGCGAGGGAAGCGGCGGCAUGUGGCGGCCGCGCGUGCCCUGGGCGCUCGCCUGGCUCGUGUGGAUCGCCCGCCUCGAGCCCGUCCCGCCGCCCGCGGGCGCCGCUGCGGACUCCAGCGCCGCUGAGCUCCGCGGGAACGGCUCCGGCGCCGAGCACGGUGCCUGCGCAGGGGGAGCUGCUGUCCUCGGCGCCUGGGCGCUCUCCUCGGAAAGCCUCCUAGGUACCCCGGGCUCCCGCCGAGAUCCUUUUCCAAUUGAUCCUAUUCAGGAAAAUUACGUCCGUAACGUGAGAAACUGUAUUUUUUCGGUUGCCUAUCCUACACCUUUUAAAUCUAGAGUUCUUCUUGUAGCUGUUUCAAAGGAAGUUCUUGAAAAUAUUUUGGAUCUUGAUGUAUCUGUCAGAGAGAGAGCUGACUUUCUUCAGUUCAUCAGUGGUGAGAAAGUGACACUCGGGUCUAUUCCUUUGGCCCACAGAUAUGGAGGUCAUCAGUUUGGUAUCUGGGCAGGUCAGCUGGGUGAUGGAAGAGCCCACUUGAUUGGAGUAUAUACAAACAGGCAUGGUGAGAGGUGGGAACUACAGUUAAAGGGUUCAGGAAAGACCCCGUAUUCCAGGAAUGGUGAUGGAAGAGCAGUGCUUCGCUCUUCUGUGCGAGAAUUUUUAUGUAGUGAGGCUAUGCACUAUCUUGGAAUUCCUACAAGCAGAGCUGCAAGGUGUUUUUCUUUUAUUAUUCACAGUAUCCUUAUUUACAGCUUAAUUGUAAGUGACGAUGAUGUAUGGAGAGACCAAUUUUACAAUGGAAAUAUUAAGAAAGAAAGAGGUGCAAUAGUGCUACGUCUUGCCAAAUCAUGGUUUCGUAUAGGAUCCUUAGAAAUCUUAGCUCAUUCCGGGGAACUGGAUUUACAAAGAAGAUUGCUGGACUUCGUCAUCCAGGAACAUUUUCCAUCAAUAGCCAGGAAUGAUUCAAAUAGAUAUCUGGAAUUUUUUUCUACAGUUGUAUUAGAGACUGCAAAUCUGAUUGCACUGUGGAUGUCUGUGGGUUUUGCACAUGGUGUAUGCAAUACAGAUAACUUCAGUUUAUUAUCCAUAACAAUAGAUUAUGGUCCAUUUGGAUUUAUGGACUCCUAUGAUCCAAAUUUUGUUCCAAACACAUCUGAUGAUGAAAGGAGGUAUAAAAUAGGAAACCAGGCAAAUGUUGGGCUGUUUAAUCUGAACAAGCUGUUACAAGCUCUGGAACCUUUAUUGGAUCCCAGGCAAAAGCAGCUAGCUUCACAGAUUCUACAGGAAUAUGGUAAACACUACUACAUCCGUUUUACAGAACUAUUCAAAAGAAAACUGGGUCUUCUUGGGGAGAAUGAGGAUGAUAACCAUUUGAUUGCUUUUCUCCUAAAACUCAUGGAAGAUGCGGAGGCUGAUUUUACAAUGACAUUUCGACAGCUCAGUGAAAUUACUGAAGACCAGUUAAAGGAACUCCAUAUUCCUGAGGAGUUCUGGGCUCUGCAGGAUCUGGCUAAACACAAGUUAUUUUCAGAAUGGGUUACUAUGUACCUCUUGAGGUUAAAUAGUAACAAAGGUGAUUCUGAUACAAAGAGAAGAAAAAGAAUGGCAACUGUUAAUCCUAGGUAUGUGCUUAGGAAUUGGAUAGCAGAAUCAGCAAUACGAAAAGCGAAUUUGAAUGAUUUUUCAGAGAUUCACCUCCUACAGCAAGUUUUACAACAUCCCUUUCAUAGACAGCAGGCUGCAGAGAAAGCGGGCUACUCACUACGUCCACCAGAUUGGGCCAGGGAUCUUAAACUGGAGAUGGAGCAAGUGGGAAAAAUUUGGAGCUUAAUUUGGGAGUACAUAUACAUCCUAAUGAAAACAUGUAGUCUUUGUCCUUCUACAUACCUCCUCCUUUCUUACAUGCUUAUCUUCAGACAUGCACAGUGUUUCCUGCUGAAAAUGCUACUGCGGCCUUUGUGUUACCAGGCCAAGGCCUGUUUUCCAGUAGAGACAGAAAAUGGCACCAAGGUUCUGGCAGCAAAGACUUUGAGACUGUUCCCCACUUCUGCUACAUGAACUCACAGAUGCUUGUUCUGAAGACUGAGAGUGGUGGAUGGCUGUGCCUUCACCUCCAUCAGUGGCUUCUUGGCUUCUGCGCACAUGCACGCUGUGUUAUAGCAUGUAAAGCAUGAGGAAGGAGGAGCUGCAAGGAGACAGCCACUACCCAGGGGCCAAAUCCUUGUCACAACAGUACACUGGCACUUUGAGGGGGAUGACAGUGGGUAAAGAAUGACAAACUUGAAGAAAUGCUUCAUUAGUGAAAUUUAACUGGUUCACCACUAGUAGCUGCUGACCUGUACCUCUGAAGAAUCCACUUUCUUCUGAGCCUCUGACAACUCUGCACUGGGAGGAGGAACAAUUUGGGGAAUCUGUCCAUUUGCCUGAACAGCAUCUGUGGCAAAUACAAAGAAGAGGGAGGGAAAAGAGGGUUACGCUUUUGUGAUAUUAACCAGAACAGAGGAUAACAAACUAAGAAAAAGGCUAUAAAAGAUCUUUCCAACUUCCAUCAAAGAACCACUCAUUGCAGGUUUUAUACAUAAUGCAGCAAAAAAACCAUGAUGAUGUCUGUUUUUCACUUUGGGCUUGUUUUGUGACUUUUCAUAUUCAGUACAUUGCCUAAGGAAAACAAACAUGAUAUCUUACAUUAAAACUACUAACUGUCUACAUGCUUCCAUGGUUACAGCUGACAGGAAAAGCAAGUGGCAGAAUUAUGAAGAUGUAAGACAAAUCAUCUGUGUGUGUAAAAGUUAUGACAAACAAAGAUCUUUUUCUUCUGACCAUUGUAAACUGAUGAUUAUGGAAGGAACAGGUAAGGCUGGCAUAGGAAGAGAGAAGGGGAACUGGCUUCAGAAGGGGAGCUAAGCAGAAAACAAACUGGUAUAGUUAAGGCCACUCUAUGACCUUACAUGUUAUAUGCCCGUCUUUAGCAUUUUCAAGUUUGUGGAGUGCUGUAGUAUUAAUUAAAUUCUCAGAUUUUAGUGCAUUUUUUUCCCCUUUACCUUUGCUUAGAGACUGAAAGUGCAGUAGUUUCAUAUGCAUGUCAGGCGAGCUGAAGGUCAGAAGUACUACGGUUUCUUUAGUGACUGAGCUAACAGCUUUGAACCUUUCCCACCAAUCUGGAAUCACAGAAGAUUUGUGAAACCCACUGUAUUCCCAGAUUACUAAAAACCUGCUAGCUGGCUAAGUUAAAGCUCUGCAAAACUUUUGUCCACCCUUAAAGUGUUUGUAAGGGAUAUACAUAAAUACCACAGUACUGCCAGAGUAAGUGAAUGUGAGACCAAAGAAAAAGUUUGCGGUUUUAACCAGAAAAAAUAUCCCCUGCCCCUGUAUAGUCUGGUAAGGAUUAAAUGAACUCUCCAGUUUAGUCUAGGAUUCUUGGAAGCUGUAACAUGUCAUAGUAGCAGAUAGUCUUUGGUGCCUUGUACAUAUAUUUGUAAACCUUAAUGACUGGUUUAGUUCUGUUAUAAUUUACAGUUCAGAGCUCCAGUAAAGACGAACUGCUUUGAGUAUUGCUCAGAUACUCAAAGUACUGCUUUUGAGAGGUCUUAUCUUCACAAAAUGUUCAGUUACAGUAACAUAAGUAUCUUGAAUGAAUCUGUGACUGUAGAACAUCAACCAAUGCUGGUUUAUGUUAACAAAAUACUGUUACUUUCAUGGAUACUGCUAUUCAGUGUAAUAUGGUGGGUAAAGAAAAAAAUAGAGCUGGUUCUGCAAACAUAUCUGCAUAGAGAUGCUUAAAGAGAUCACUCUCAGGUACAAAUCCAUGGAUCUGGUCCCACUCAUGUACCGUGAUUUGACUCCAAGCCACAGUGGAAAGCCCACUUUCUUCUCACAUAUACUGAGAAAGGGCAAAGUAAGGCUUUUGGAAGGUGUUUGGAGGAUUUUGAGUUGUGAGUGUACAUGAAAAUUAAUAAGGUUAGUGGUAUGGGGAAUUGCCUACACUGACUUUGACUCUGACUGUUUUUAUAGCAGUAUGUGCUUGGCCAGCAUGUUCUUCUUAAUAAAGAAAGCAUAUCUUAAGUAUGUGAACUAAAAACAUUCAUGCAAGUUACAGCUAGUAUCGUGCAUUAGUGCAUCUGUAUGAUGAUAAAAUAGGUAACAGCACAUGGAUGAAGCUACCAGAAAAGUAAAGUUAGAGACUAACCCAAUCCUUUCUUCCCCCUUCUCCUAACACCCACACUGUUAUUGUACAAAUGAGUCUGUGAAAGGCUUUGCAGACCCUUCCCCAUGAGAGAGCUAACGACAAGGAAAACAGGAAAGAGAGUGGCUCACCCUAAAAUAAUGCCUUUCUGAAAAGAUCAUCCUCAGAACAGCCCACUCAUCCCUUUUACCCACUGGAAUAAAAGCUCUGACACUGCCAGACUGGAGAUGGACAAAUGGAAAACUUCAAGACAUGGACCAUCAGUCAGGAUAAUAUGGAGGGAGGAUAACGGAUUUGUAUACAGGUGUCAACAGAAAAACUCCUAUUAAAUUGUGUAGAAAUGUG